AUGGACCGAUACCAGCGCAUUGAAAAGGGUGGCUCCAUUGGCGAGGGCACAUACGGCGUCGUUUACAAGUCACUAGAUCUCAAAACGAAGCAGGUUGUGGCACUCAAGCGAAUCCGCCUUGAGACGGAAGAUGAUGGAAUUCCCAGCACUGCGUUGCGCGAAAUAUCAGUCCUGCGCGAAUUAGAGCACCGUAAUAUUGUGAGUCUCUUGGACUGUUUACAAGAAGAUGGCAAGCUCUUUCUUGUAUUCGAAUUCAUGGAAAAAGAUCUGAAGCGAUACAUGGAGCACAAGCUCGGAAAACUUGAUCCUGCGCAAAUCAAAAGUUUUUUAUACCAAUUGCUGAAAGGUCUAGCUUUUUCUCAUUCACGAGGCAUAAUGCAUCGAGACUUGAAGCCACAGAAUCUGCUCGUGAAUACCACAGGUGAGCUCAAGAUUGCCGAUUUUGGGCUGGCACGAGCAUUUAGCCUUCCUAUUAAGAAAUACACACACGAGGUGGUGACUCUCUGGUACCGUGCUCCUGAGAUUUUACUCGGGCAAGAGAUUUAUUCACCUCCAGUCGAUAUUUGGUCUGUCGGCGUCAUUUUUGCCGAGAUGGUGAUCAAGAAACCUUUUUUUGCAGGAGAUUCUGAAAUUGAUCAGCUUUACCGCAUUUUUCAAACAUUUGGCACACCAAACGAAAUGACAUGGCCGGGUGUCACCAAGUUACGCGACUAUGCACCUACUUUUCCAAAGUGGAAAAGGAAGAACAUGCGAGAGCUUUUCCCGCAACUAGAUGAGAGCGGACUCAAUUUGUUAGAGUCAAUGCUGCGCUACGAUCCGGCCACAAGAAUCAGUGCUAAAGAAGCGCUACGCCACCCAUUUUUUGAUGACGUCGAUUCAGAGUUUUUGUAG